AUGCCUUCUAUUCUAAACAUAGCACAUAUGUGCUCGCAUCUCCAAAACGCCUCGAAAGCUCGCCUCGGCCUCACAUCCAUCGCCAACACCAAAUACAACCUAAACCUUUCACUCGCUCUUCAUCGCUCUGGCUUCUUCUCGUCAGUAUAUCGGUCCGGCCCGCAACCUCCGACCAUGGAACAAAUGAUCUCACAGCCCCCUGAGAAGGUCACCAGUGCAAAUGUAGCCACAAUGCGGAUAUGGCUGGGGUUGAAAUACUGGGAUGGGAAACCGGUUUUAUCAAAAGCAACUGUAAUCAGUAAGCCGUCAAGGUUGAUGACUGCGAACAUACAACAGUUGGGCAGGUUGACGAGGGGCUUCCCUGCGAAGUUAAAUGGUGGCGUGGUUCCGGGACUUAACUUGGGUGAAUGCCUGUUUGUCGCUACAUCAAGGGGAGUUCUGGAGGCAAGAGAGGCACUGGCGAGAAAGGUAGGAGGGCUUUUGAUUUGCAGAGUAUCAUGA